UCUCACCACUACACACACAAUGCUGCCCCUCACCACAACAAGGGCCAGCGCCACCUCGCUGCGCCACCUCGUCGCCCACCCUCUGCGCCGGCACGCGAGCACGAGCACGAGUACGCCCGCGACGGCGCCCCUCGCGUCCUUCAUGUCCUCGACCACCGUGAUCGAGCGUAAGGGCCGCAUCGUCAUCCUCGGGUCCGGGUGGGCGGGGUACAAUCUCGCUCGGAAAAUCGACAAGUCGUUCUAUGAUGUCACGGUCGUCUCCCCCAACUCGUACUUCUCCUUCACGCCCUUCCUCGCCUCCACAACUACCGGCACGCUCGAGUUCCGGUGCGCGACCGAGCCGGUGCGGAGUAUCGAGGGGGUCGAGUAUGCGCAGGCGCGUGCUGAGAGCGUUGACUUUGCCAACAAGACCGUCACCGUCGCCCCCGCCUCGCUCUCCGACCACACAAAGGUCCAGCGCGACAAGUCGGACGCGACCGACGUCGCGCUGCUGCCCGAGCAGAAGCUCAGCAAGAACUAUGACAUCCCGUACGACGCGCUCGUCAUCGCCACAGGGUGCCGGUCCGCAUCGUUUGGGACUCCGGGCGUCGCCGAGCACGCCAUGUUCUUGAAGGAUGUGCGCGAUGCCAGGCGGAUCAGGCUGCGGCUGUUGCAAUGCCUCGAACUCGCCUCGGAGCCCAACAUCACCGACGACGAGCGUCGCGCGCUGCUCUCCUUCCGCGUGGUAGGCGGCGGACCCACGGGCGUCGAGUUCGCCGCCGAGCUGUGCGACUUUAUCACCGAGGACGUCGACCGGCUGUACCCCCGUCUGCGGGGGCUGGCCAGCAUCACGCUGUACGACGUCGCGCCGGGCAUCCUCAUGAGCUUUGACGGCGAGCUGCGCCACUAUGCCGAGAAGAAGUUUGCGCGCGACGGCGUCACGGUGCGCGGCAACAGCCACAUCCUCGCUGCUGGCCCCGACUGGAUCGAGCUCAAGAAGGCCGACGGGACCGUCGAGCGCGUGCAGUACGGCAUGCUGGUGUGGUCGACCGGCCUGAGCGUCAACCCGUUCGUUAAUAGCCUCAAGGGCGUGUCCAAGGACCCGCACACACACUCCAUCCACGUCGACCCGUACCUCCGCGUGAUCGACGACCAAGGCAAGCCGAUGCCGCACGUCUUCGCGGUCGGCGACAACUCAACCCCGGACAGCGGGCAACGCCUCCCCGCCACGGCGCAGGUCGCGUCCCAGAUGGCCCACUACAUGCACAAGAAGUUCAAGCGUCUCUCAAUGGGCAAGGCCCCGGAGUCGAUCGGGCCAUUCAGCUGGAAGAACAAGGGCAGCAUGGUGUUUGUCGGCAAGGAGCAGGCGCUGGUCGACCGCUCGGGAUCUACCGUCGAGGGACCAAAGUCCAAGCUGUCUGGCUUCGCCGCGUGGUUCAUCUGGCGCUCCUACUACAUGACCCUCAGCAUGUCGUGGCGCAACCAGAUCCUCGUACCAAUGUACUGGACCCUCGCCUACUUCUUUGGCCGCGACGUCACCAGGUUUUAGUAUAUUGUCCUCUUGUUUUUUUGGAUGCAGCUUGUUCAAAUCGUCACAGUGGCGUCGCCACCUCCCAUCACACCCUCAGAGCUUAUAUCGUUGCAUAUC